AUGGAAAAGGACGGAAAGAUGCCAGGGUUGCCAACCAUCCCCGCCACUUUGGACAAAUUUGUACAUGGUGCAGUUAACUCUUUUGAUCCGGCGGUACCAGGAAUAGCAGAUCAGGAAGACAAUGAAGAAGAACAUUGGUUAAAAUAUAAGCAGCAAACGUGGGAGCCAUAUCACGGUUGCCGCUCCAUACCAAACUCAAUGUCUGUGGUAGACAAACAGGCAACAGAUUCAGCUGUAUAUUCCUUAGAAGACAUGUUGAAAAGUGCCACAUUGGAAUCAACAGUACCUACAUUUCAAACCAAGAGUGAUGUUGCCAGGUUCACUUCAGCAGUAAAAGGCAAUGGCACAGACUUGCAAGCGUUUAAAGCGGUGUUUCAAAUAAAACAUUUAGAUGUUGAACACUUCCCAUUAAAUCCACUACUUAUUGUAGCAGUAUUUGGUUCACAUGAAGCCAUUGAAUAUGUACAUAAGUGGAGAUCGACUGCAUUCAACUGGAAUGAACGCAUAAGAAUCGAAUCGGGAGUUUUAGAUGGGGUGCUUGAUGAAAUGACAGAUACACAAGCAACACCAUUGUAUAUUGCAACGUUCAUGAGGAGAUUACCGACCGUGAAGUCUCUGAUUAAGUAUGCUGACGAAGGCAACUUAGUCUACUGUAUGAACAACUUACCACUCAGUUACUCUAUGGAAAGUGUCUAUAUGACAGAGGUUGGAGAACGACUGAAGAUGGAAUAUUCGCAACUGAAACCAGCGGUUGUACCUGGCUAUAAGAAAGAUAUGAAUGACUCGUGGGGAAAAGUGUAUGUGGUCUAUUCUCCGGACAUAAUUCAUUCGAAGGAUCUGGAAAGGGAAGGUAUAGGAUUAGUGAUGUUACGAAAUCCGUACAUGGUUGAUAGGGAAGCCGUGAGUGUGUCACAAAACAAAGAUGCAGGCUAUGGAAUUUCUAAACAGGAAAUGGGAAGAGGAAGACAAGCGAUUGAAUCACACAGCAAAACACUGUGGUGUAACCAUAGCAAUCUCAAUAUUAUCAGUGUUUCUCCUGUGCGGUCUAAACGUAAAGGAGCAGAACUGGAACAGUGUCUAUGCAUUGUGCUUUACUGUAGUACGAAAGGUGUUGUACCAAUCGGAGAAAAUGAGUUCCCUCGAAAGCUUGAUAUUGCUGAAAAUGAGUCAAUUUCUAUUGAUGUGCGUGAAGGCUACUUUGUAUUCGGUGGAUAUAACACAGGACCAGGUACGUGCUAUCAUGACAAGCUGAAAAUGGGAUGCAACAUCGGUGAGGUGACAACACAAGUACAAAAUGGGGGAGGGACACUUGGCCCGUUUGUACAAUACGAUGGACGAUUAAGUUUCCUUACAUGUGCGCAUGUGCUAUUUGAUGUUAAUGUCAGCAAACAUGUUGAUUUUACCGAAAAUGGUAAUCAUCGCGUUGACGUUGUGCAACCAGCUAUAGGUUCCUCCCGUCCAAGUGGUACUCCAUGUGGAUUUGUACAGAGGGCGAUUUUCGAUGCACGUACGGCCAAGGAUAUAAGCAUUGACGUGGCCGUUGUGGAGAUAUCAGAUAUAAACACGACUACCAAGCAAUGGGAGAUUUGCUAACGAAUAUAAAUACAAGUACAAAAAUGCGGGGUUUGAUGAGUUGCCAGAGUACAACAAUGGUGCAUAUAUUCCUGACAUGUCAAGUAAUGGAAGUAGUAACAUGGUGGUUCAAUUUGGAAGUGAAACACACCUGACAAAAGGCUACUUGGAAGUCGAUGGAGCUCAUGUUCGUCCACUAAGCACCGCCUUAGGGCUACCAAACUCUUUGGAUAAAUUCUGUAUGAAUAAUCAGUAUGAGGUGAAAGGAAAGGAAUCAGCGUUUAGUUUUUUCCGUCCCGGCGACUCCGGAGCAGCAGUGUUCAUGUUAGAAGGAACGGAUUUACACUGCAUUGGUAUGUCUAUCGGAAGCACAUCUUAUGGUAACGCUGUAGUCACACCAAUCGGAGCCGUACUGGAGGCUCUCAAUUGUUCACGCGUUUGCAGCAUAGCAACAUUUAAUACUCCAUAACAACAGUAAAUAUUCAAAAGAAAUUGGAAAAGAAACUGCGUAGCUGAGUGUUUGUAUUAUACGUAUACUGAGGACAACCGAGAACAACCGUUACUAUCAUUCACCUUCAUGGACUUAAGUACACUUACUGAACACUUACUUCCUCAGACAAUUACUUUAUUCUGUGUGCUAAAAUAUUCUUAUACAAUAUUCAUUUUUCAUAGUUUAUAAAAGUUGAUAAUUUAAGAGUUAUUUACGCAGCUUAUCCAUGUUUUUAUUAUGUCAAUGUGUGGCGUGUGUCUGUUGAUUCACGAACAGAGGUCAAUAAUCCUAAGUAGAAAAAACUACUAUUUCAGAAUAUUUAUGUGAUUCAAUAUCGCAAAUGUUGAAUCCGCCUUAUUGUAUAUUUUGUUAUUAAAUCUGUUCUCUUUAAUUUUUCACUGUCACCAUCUCAUUAUGUAUUCAGAUAUAAGUGUUUGAAUUAUUUCAAUUAUACCUUUCGGUUCGUAUAUAUACGGGCGUCUACUUCAGGUUAGUAUUGAUAGAACAAAUAUUAGACCCUGCUCAUAUUGAUCUACGAUUUGGUUUGGUUUAUUUUGUUUAACAGCUGUUGAUCUACGAUAUAUCGACUGUGUAACGGCAGUAGACUUAAUUGGUUGAAAAUUACAGUAAGUAUUAUUUAUAGAGUUGUCACCCCAUCAAAUUGCCUCCUACAUACCACUCUAAAAUAUACGGACUACUCCCGUUCCACAGUCUAUGCAUCGUCGGCUACAACGAUGGCUUUUCAUCAAUCUUUUCGCCUUAAAAUCAUUUUCAUACGACAAAAGAACACGUAUUGAUAUUUAAGAAUUCUUAACCAUGGCAUGUUCCUGAAGUUUACGUGCAUUUGAUAUCUUAAUCAGAUUGAAGUUUAAUUCAAAUUGAAACGAAGCUCACCCCCACUUCCGGUUUUUGAUGUGUCGAUGAAGUAUGAGUAGGGUCUUAUUUUUUUCUGUUAAUACUAUCAAGAAGCAGACGCCUGUUGUUUAUGUUAUCUGAUUUUAACGAUAUUAUAGAAAUAAUAAAAUAUUAUUAUUAGUUCUCUGGGGCUGUUUCUAGCCCCGAGAACUAAGGCCAGCGGUCGACAAAUUUGCUGCUUUGCACCUUGUGAACAUUUUUAGCCUAACUCUGCCUUCAUUGCUGUACGUUGUGAUGCCAGAUUAUAUGUAUGUGUAGUUACUAUGUUGAUAACAACCACAAUAUUCCGAUAUCAACUGGAAGUUCUUUUAAUUUAAGAAAAUGAAGUUUUAAUGUCUAUUUUUAGUAACAAUGAUGAAUUACAAGCUAUACCUCCCACUAGGCGACAUCGUUGGGCCGAGAUUCAGUAGAAUAUCUGUAUGUUGGUGUUAUCUGAACCAUUCACAGAAUCAAUUUUGUCCAGGCAGCGCUUCAACCACUGCUCCCUAAGGUACAUGUAUAGUUUACACUGAAGGGGAAACACACGCGGUCUGUGGUCUACAGUGUAGUGAAGGGACAAGUCUUGAAUGUGUUUGUGGACAAAUACCUCUGUCCUGGUACAUACAAAUGCAUUGCUUUAUAUCAUCAAAUGAUAGGAUUUAAUUGAAGAAUUAAUGAAAAUAAAAUACAUUAAGUUAUAUAUAGCAAAUUUAUAUGUUUGUGACAUAAAGUUAUACAUAGCAAAUUUAUGAUAUAUGUGUCAUAAAAUUUUAAAUAGCUUAACUUUUGGUCGGAUAGACCAUAGCUGUCGUGCAGACCGGGUCACGUGGUUUCAGUGUUUCCGUUGUUUGUCCCACGAAUCAUUUAAGUCUAAGUAAAUUAGCAAUAGUUUGUUUAUGCACUUACAAUGAAACAAAUGCGAAUAAAUACAAUUAACAUAUCAAUACACCUUUCAUGACUUCCGGUUGGUGUAGUUGUGUACCACUACAUGUGUGUCGUCUGCUACAAAUUGUCCUUUUCUCUUUGUAUAUUAUGCAUGUACUUGUGCGUUUGGUAGGACGUUCAUGAUAUUGGUCAUACAUGGUAGUAGAGUUAAAAUCAGAUAAUUCAGUUUAAUAAGGUAUAUUGGUAUUAAGAGUUAGUAAUCAUGGGUCUGAAGCGAGAUUCUCAUCUGCUUAACUGUAACAUUGUAUACACGUGUCGCUGUAUGCGUAUACGUACUAGGCUAGCUAGUUUAACACUGGGUUUGUUAGGGUACGUGAAUCUGCUUUAUCACCUUGAAAAGACAUUAAUUUCAAUUAGGAGUACAUUCUCCGAAUAUAAUUCUAAAUCAAAACUCGUGUACGAUGCGACUAGAUUGAAUCAAGGCUACAACUGCACAGUGUAUGCAACUUAUCCUACAGCGACAUGAAUAAUAUAUAUAAUUAUUGAUAAACUAUUUGUCAACUUGGUUUGGUUUGGUUUGGUUUGGUUUGGUUUGGUUUAUUUUGUUUAACGUCCAAUUAACAGCCAAGAUUAUUAAGAAUUGGUGAAUUGCUAAUAUUGUUUUUAUUUAACUAUGUAUUAUUGAUCAGUUAAUAAGUAAAGUAUAAUGUAAUAUUACAACUACAUAUACAUGUGUUUUGGUUAAGUUUGCUAGUUACAAUGUACAUGUAUUUGAAUCCCAUGAAAAACAUUUCCUCCAAUUCAAAUAACAGCAACAAUUAAUUAAAUUGACAUGUGCUUAUAAAGAUAAAUCACUAGGAUAUAAAUACUGCAUUCUUUAUUGUAAAUUUAAUGCAAAAAGGCAAUUGUGAAGCAAAGCAUAUUUGGAACUGGUUAAAUAUUAUAUACAUGUGUAUAAAUUGUCAAGACUGUAUUGGAUCUUUCAACUUUUAAGGAUAAUUAGUAUAUGCACGUAUAAUAAUCCGUUUUGAUGCAUCUCUUGUUGUUGAAUCUAAUGUCUUGAUUAUCUAUAUAACUUUUAUUAAAUAGAGCAGUCAUUUCUUACAAGUCUGUUAUUUCGAACUUGAAUUGUGAAUUUCUGUACCAUAAUUCUGAGUGUUGUUCUGAAGUUUUAUGAAGUUAUAUUAACAGCUGACGUCAUUUUAGUCUAUCCGACCAACAUGCCUUUAAGGCAUUUGAUUUGGUAUGUGGUUCACAUAUAAUCAGUAUCACAAAUUACACUAUUUAAUUCCAUAAUACGAAUUUUCCAUUCUGCAUCAGAAUAAUUAUAUCACACUUAGAAAGCAUAACUUGAAAGGUAU